GUUUUUAGCUGCAUGUCACUCAGUCGUUCGGUCAGUCAGUCAGUGGCUUCGCUCCGCUGCGCCUGCGCCUGUCUCCCCAGCUCUCCAAAACCGAAACGCGCCACCGCUACCGCCGCCGCCGCCACUGCGGGCAUGACAUACUACAAACAGUAGUGAUAGUGGGCUUCCAUCUGCUGGCGUUUUGAGAGGAUUUAUUUUUUUUUAACAAAAAGGAGAGACGUGGAGACAGAAAAGAACAACAGAGGGAAGAGAUACAUUUCUGGCCGUGCCGUGCGUCGAGAGGAGUGGAUGAGUCAAUGGCUGGGGCACAGCCUGGAGUUCAUGCGUUGCAGCUCAAGCCAGUGUCCGUGCCGGAGUGCCUCCGAAAGGGCAGCAAAUUUAUGAAAUGGGAUGAUGAUUCUACCACUGUGACCCCUGUGACUCUAACAGUUGACCCCAAAGGCUACUUCCUGUACUGGAUUGACCAGAACAAGGAUACAGACCUGCUGGACAUUACGCACAUAAAAGAUGCCAGAAAUGGAAAGUGCACUAAAUCACCAAAGGAUGCAAAGCUGCGUGAAUUGCUGGACGUCAGCACACUGCCAGGGAAGUUGGAGAACAGGAUGCUGACUGUGGUCAGUGGCACCGACAUGGUCAACAUCACCUACCUGAACUUCAUGGCCCUUCAAGAGGAGAUUGCAAAGGAAUGGGCAGAGGAAUUAUUCAGCCUGGCGUCGAACCUUUUGGCACAGAACAUGUCCAGAGAGGCCUGCCUUGAGAAAGCAUACACUCGACUGAAGCUGCAGCUCAACCCGGAGGGACGAAUUCCUGUCAAGAAUAUCUUCAGGAUGUUCUCAGCAGACAGGAAGCGAGUGGAGACAGCACUGGAAAACUGCAACCUCCCUUCUGGCAGAAAUGACUCCGUCCCCCAGGAGGACUUCACUCCAGAGGUUUACAGCAUGUUCCUGAGUAACAUCUGCUCUCGACCAGAGCUGGACAACAUCUUCUCUGAAGUUGGAGCAAAGAGCCGGCCGUACCUCACAGUGGAGCAGCUGGCAGAGUUCAUUAACAGCAAGCAGCGAGACCCUCGUCUGAAUGAGAUCCUCUACCCUCCGCUCAAACCAGAGCAAGUUCAGCUGCUGGUGGACAAAUAUCAGGCAACAAGCUCGGAUGUAGAAAAGGGUCAGAUAUCGAUGGAGGGCUUUGCGCGAUAUCUGAACGGGGAAGAGAACAGCAUCAUUCCCCCAGAGAAGCUGGACCAGAGUGAAGACAUGACCUUUCCACUCUCUCAAUAUUUCAUCAACUCCUCACACAACACAUACCUCACAGCGGGCCAGCUCGCAGGAAACUCCUCGGUUGAGAUGUACAAACAGGUCCUCCUGUCUGGGUGCCGCUGUAUUGAACUGGAUUGCUGGAAAGGACGCACCACAGAGGAAGAGCCUAUCAUCACUCAUGGGUUUACAAUGACAACUGAAAUCUCUUUUAAGGAAGUGAUCGAGGCGAUUGCAGAGUGUGCCUUCAAGACCUCGCCAUUUCCUGUCAUCCUGUCUUUCGAGAACCACGUGGACUCACCAAAGCAGCAGGCGAAGAUGGCAGAGUACUGCCGGUCAAUAUUUGGAGACGCAUUACUGAUGGAGCCACUGGAGAAAUAUCCUCUUGACGCUGGAGUCCCACUUCCCAGCCCCAUGGAUCUGAUGGGGAAGAUCCUGGUGAAGAAUAAAAAGAAACAUCACAAAGCUGAAGGAAGCACCAAGAAAAAGCUCUCUGAGCAGGUUUCCAACACUUGCAGUGAUUCCUCAAGCGUGUGUGAGCCAUCCUCCCCCAGCGCAGGUUCAACUAAAGAAGAGACGGCUGAUUCGUCACAACCCUCUGACGGCGCUGAGCUCAACCUGAGACCACAUGGCAGAAAGUCUAUUGGUGAGGUGGAGGCCGAAAGCGAUGAAGAGGAUGACGAUGAUGAUGACUGUAAAAAGGGCUCAAUGGAUGAGGGCACAGCAGGCAGUGAGGCGUUCGCCACAGAGGAAAUGUCCAACCUGGUCAUCUACAUCCAGCCUGUCAAGUUCUACUCCUUCGAGACGUCCAAAAAGAUCAACCGGAGCUUCCAGAUGUCCUCCUUUGUAGAGACCAAAGCUUUGGAGCAACUGACAAAGUCUCCAGUAGAGUUUGUGGAAUACAACAAGCUGCAGCUGAGCAGGAUCUACCCUAAAGGGACUCGAGUAGAUUCAUCCAACUACAACCCCCAGCUCUUCUGGAACGCCGGCUGUCAGCUGGUAGCUCUCAACUUCCAAACCAUUGACUUAUCGAUGCAGCUGAACCUGGGCAUGUACGAGUACAAUGGGAAAUGUGGCUACAGACUGAAACCAGAGUUCAUGAGACGGCCGGAUAAACACUUCGAUCCUUUUACCGAGAGCACAGUAGACGGGAUAGUUGCCAACACACUGUCUGUUAAGAUCAUCUCAGGUCAGUUCCUGACCGAUAAGAAAGUAGGCACAUACGUGGAGAUCGACAUGUUUGGCCUGCCAGUAGACACCAAGAGGAAAGCUUUCAAGACCAAGACAUCUCAGGGCAACGCCGUCAACCCUCUCUGGGAAGAAGAGGCCAUUGUUUUCAAAAAGGUCGUCCUUCCUACACUGGCUUCACUGAGGAUAGCAGUGUUUGAAGAAGGAGGAAAGUUUAUUGGCCACCGCAUCAUGCCUGUUUCAGCCAUCCGUCCAGGUUAUCGAUAUAUCAGUCUAAGGAAUGAGAAGAACCAGUCGCUGAUGCUACCCGCCCUCUUUGUUUACGUUGAAGUGAAGGACUACGUCCCAGACACAUUUGCAGACGUCAUUGAAGCCUUGUCCAAUCCCAUCCGCUAUGUCAACCUGAUGGAGCAGAGAGCCAAUCAGCUGGCUGCUCUCACCUUGGAGGAGGCAGGAGAAGAGGAAGGUGACAAAGAGGUGGAGGCAGGAAGCGAUGCGCCCUCUGAAUCUAAAGUGGACCAGAAGGCAGCAGUACCUGCGGAGAACGGAGUGAGUCACACACCCAUUAUCGCCCCCAAACCUCCUUCACUUGUUGGGCAUCAGCCUCAGUCUGCAGGUUCACUGAAACCAUCAGCGAAGACAGAAGACAUCAUACAGAGUGUCCUCACUGAGCUGGAGGCUCAGACGGUGGAGGAGUUGAAGCAGCAGAAGGGGUUUGUCCGGGAGCAGCGAAAGCAGUACAAGGAGAUGAAGGAGCUGGUCAGAAAACACCACCGCAAGACAAGCGAGCUGAUCAAGGAGCAAACGGCCCGCGUCUCUGAGCUGCAGAGCCAGCAUCAGAGGCGACGCGCCACCCUGCAGAAGAGCCACAAACGUGACUGCAAGAAAAGUCGGUCUGAAAACUCCCUGUCGACUCUGGACCAAGAGCUGUGUGAGCUGGACCAGGAGUGCGGCCAGAAACUGGCAGAGCUGAAGGAGCAGCAACAGCAGCAGCUGCUUAAACUCCGCCAAGAGCAAUACUACAGCGAGAAAUACCUGAAACGAGAACACAUAAAGCAGCUGGUUGAGAAGCUGACGACUAUAGCAGAGGAGUGCCAGAGUGCUCAGUUUAAAAAGAUCAAAGACAUCUGUGAAAAAGAGAAGAAGGAUCUGAAAAAGAAAAUGGACAAGAAAAGACAAGAGAAGAUCAACGAAGCGAAAGCCAAAGACAAGAAUUUAACAGAAGAAGAGAAGUUGGAGAUCAACAGAUCUUUUGUCAACGAGGUGGUGCAGUACAUUAAACGGUUGGAAGAUGCUCAGUGUAAACGACAAGAGAGGCUACAAGAGAAGCACAAGGACAUACGGCAGCAAAUCUUGGAUGAAAAACCAAAGCUGCAGAGUGAUCUGGACCAGGAGUACCAGGACAAGUUUCGCAGACUGCCUGUGGAGAUCCAGGAGUUUGUUCAGGACAGCAGUAAGACCAAGCUUUGCGACGACAGCCUCCCUGGAAACCUAAUUUCCUCCUCAACAACGGAGCGGCUCAACCACAAGGCGUCACAGUCUGAGGACGACAUGGAGGAGGGCUCAUCAGAACACGCUUUCGACACCGCCCUUUAGGGAUCUGACGUCUCGCUUCAUACCGGGACAUUGUUUGGUCCUUGACGUUGUGACCACAGACUUAGGAUGAGACUGCCCCAGCUUUGGUCCAACUUGUAACCAAUGGGAGAAUUAGAUCAAAACUAAGCCUGAAUGGGUGAGUAGAGAGGUCCUCAGCUUACCGUGAAGUCCUGUCUAGAAAACUGCUUCAUGUAAAUAUCUCUUUUUGUGUAUUUGUAUGUUAACCCUGUUUGUUGUUCUCUCUUUCGGUACGGCCACAGGACGUGUUACUGGACACUAAUUAUUUGCAGGAAAUAACUUACUUGAACUAUUGCACAGACAGAGUAGUUUCCUUUUUGUUAUCAUUUAUGUUAUCAUGAUGCUGUGACAGUCAGAGAGGUUUGGUGUGCCAAGUUCUGCUUUGUCUUAUGGUGGAUUUUCAGUUGAGUCGACUUGCACUGUAACAAAAAAAAAAAAAAAAAAAAAACUUUACGUAGCCUUUAAAGUUUCUAUCUUUAGAAGGUUGAAUUUCAUCCUUUCAUGUUUGCACUGACUCCUCCCUGUAUAAAACUACAUAACUCUUUAAAACUACGUAACUCCACUUUAACCCAGAAGCACUGGUGGCAUUCUGGCAUGCUGUUUUGUUCUCACAGAACUAAGCCUUUGUGUUGCUGCUAAGAUUUAUGUUUUGUUGUUGUUGUUGUUGUUUUACUCAGCAUUUUAGCUAUUAUUUGUGUGAUGUAAAUUUCUGCUUAAUACGAUGCAGUCAUUUCUUAUUUUUUUUAUGUUUUGGCCAGUUUUUAAUAAGUUUUACAUCGUUUACUGCCAACUCUGUCGCACCAGGAUGAGAAGGGAUAGGAUGUUGUACAGUGUGUGCAUGCAUUUGAACAACUGUAAAUGUUACAAUAGCGGUGUAGCACAGAUGUUAAUUUAUGUAAAUCAACUUCUUCUUUUUUUUCUGGUACACUUUGAUUGAACUUGCAAAAUAGCUGUGGCUUUAUUGACACUGUGGAAAUGGGACUGUGUCUAAGAUCCAAUGGCUGCAGUUUCAAGAAAAUGGACUACUUAUUGUUUUCUUUACAUUUCCCCUCCUUCAGUUAAAGUUGUUAAACCAAGGAAAAAUUAUCACUAGAAGGUUCGGUUUUAGCCUAAACAGGUGGUCUUCCUAUAAUUUGUUGCUGUGGCUGUAGUUACUCUAAACUCAGAGCGGAUGCCUCAGACUACAGAGGACAUGCCAACCCCCCUCCCUUUGCCUCUGUUCUUAAUCUUCACCCAGUUUGAGGGGUUUCAUCUGGGAAUAAGGAAACGGUAGGGAAAAGGCUUCAUUUUGCUCCAACAGACAAUGCAGCAAUCGAUAACGUAACAACGGUCAGUAACGUAAUGCCUGCCAAAAACUAAUUAAAUUUGGCCAUUUCAAAUGCAAUGCAGCAAACAACGUAGUAGCUUGUCGAUAAUGUAUGACAGUUUUUAAAUCCAAUAACAUCAGAACAUUUAGCUAAUUAUGUAAUGGUGCUACAUUAUUGGCCUGGGAACUCCAAGCAAAACCACUGUCAUAAGGUUUGCAAUAGAAGAGUUUAUAGACAGCAGCCAGCGACUAACCGCAUGGCAAACAGGUAGCGGUAGGUUACUGUGCGCCUGUAAUCGUCCUGUGUGAAACACAGAUCAAGAACUGAAUAUGUAAGUUGUUUCUAGUCAUAGAAACUGGAUAAUAUGUUUUUGUGGCUUUAGUAAAAAAAAAAAAUUAUUGAUUUUUACACAACCUUUUCUGUUUGGUGGCUACUUUGAUCUGAAACACAUUACGCAUCCUAUUCUUGAUGUGUUUCACACAGGAAGACCACUGGUGUCGCACUACCUCCUAUUUCCAUUUGUCUUGAAAAUAUUUGUCAGCUUCUACUAAAUUUGGGGCCAUCUGCCACGAGACAUCCUUUAUUAAAACAUGCCUCACUUCAUGCCCGCCAGGGGAUCACUUCAUAGCAACUUGAAAACAAUUCUUUUCCAGAUAAUCUUUUUUUUUUUUCGUGUCAAUUUCUUGUAAUCUUUAAGGGGAAAAAAACACAGUUUUGAGAUUGGAAUUAUUUUAAGAUGGCACAAAAUGUUUUUGUUUUGUUUUGCUUUUUGCUCCUGUUGAGUCAGACAUUAUCUUCAGCCUUUGAGAGCUUGUAAUAUGGACCUAUACUAAUGAAGAUGGAAAUGAAGUAAAAAAGAAUUGCCAAAUGCAGUUAAGAUAAGAACAGAUCACAAAUAUUUGCCAGAACCUCACUUAAAAAAACAAA